CCGGAAAUGGGGUGGUCUGGGAAGUCUUAAGCGGAGUUCCGGCGGGCGUACUGGCAGGGGGUCUCGCCGAGUAGGUACAGCUGAAAAUGGCUUGCGCGGCGUCGCGAACUCCGGCCGACCAGGACAGGUUUAUUUGUAUAUAUCCAGCUUAUUUAAAUAACAAGAAGACCAUCGCGGAGGGCCGGCGAAUCCCCAUAAGUAAGGCUGUUGAAAAUCCUACAGCUACAGAGAUUCAAGAUGUGUGCUCAGCAAUUGGACUUAAUGUCUUUCUUGAGAAAAAUAAAAUGUACUCCAGAGAAUGGAAUCGUGAUGCUCAAUAUAGGGGCAGAGUCCGGGUCCAACUUAAACAGGAAGAUGGCAGCCUCUGUCUCGUACAAUUCCCAUCACGUAAGUCAGUAAUGUUGUAUGCAGCGGAAAUGAUUCCUAAACUAAAAACAAGGACACAAAAAACAGGAGGCGGUGACCAAAGUCUUCAGCAAGGAGAGGGAAGUAAAAAAGGGAAAGGAAAGAAGAAGAAGUGACUUGGUAUGAGAAGCAAGUAUGUGAUACUACUGCAAGAGAUAUGAAUGGAGGUUUCUCAUUUGUAUCUGAGAGACACAGGAGCUUUCGGUUUGUAUCAUUUAACUGACUGAACAUUUGUGCCUCCCAACUCCAGCAUCAGAGUUGACAAUGAAAUAAAUUUACAUCAGAAGUUUGCAUCUAGUUUAUGCAGUAUAAAAGAAAAACAAUUUUUUUUGCCUUUCAAUGCAGAGUUUUUGUGGAAGAGAAAAGCUUAUUUUUAAUGGAUAAUGGACUCUACCAUAAGUUACUUGAAAUCCUGUAUCUGUCUUCUGUGUGAAAACAUGUUCGGAUAAAUGAGUUGAAUAAGAUUUAAAACACACUUUGGUCCCCCUUUUAAGUUAAUGAAAUAAAUUUGAAACUGAA